AUGAAACUUGAUGGAGAAAUCCUGACUGAAUCUUGCAGCAGGCAUGUUGCAGAAGUACUCAGCAAAAACCAGAGAUUGAGAGAAUUAGACUUGAAGAUAGAGAACUCAGAUGACAAAGCAAUGGAACUAUUGUGCGAUGGGCUCAAACAUUCACAAUGCACAAUAGAGACAUUAAGGAUUCAUGGAGGGAUCCUGACUGAAUCCCGCAGCAGGUAUUUUGCAGAAGUACUCAGGAAAAACCAGAGAUUGAGAGAGUUACACCUGUCCAUCACAAAAUUUGAUGAAAGAACAGUGCAACUAUUAUGUUGUGGGUUGAAAGAUCCAGAAUGCACAAUAAAGAAGCUAAAGUUGUAUGGAGAGAUCUCAAAUGAAUCCUGCAGCAGACAUCUUGCAGAACUAUUCAGGGGACUGAGACAGUUAGAACAGAACUAUUCAGCUGAGAAAACAGUGGGACCAUUGAAUGAAGGGCUCAAGCAUCCAGAAUGUAAAAUAGAGACAGCAGAGUUGAAUGGAAAAUACAUUAUACAGGAUGGGAAAUGGAAUGAAACAUUUAUGCUGGAAUCUCCAGCUAGAACCCAGGUAAGAGUGGAAGAGUCUGGCAAGCUCAGAGUCCUCGCAGAACAUGAAGAGGCACAGAACGGACUGCUUUCAGAAUCCCUGAAGCCCUAAUGUCCUGAUUCGAGGGUAUGGUUAGACUAGGAAUUAAAAACUGUUCAAGUUAGUUUCGGAGUUAAAUAUUGUUCCUUUAAGAGAUUGCCUUUUGGGUAAUGUAGUAUUGCCUUCUGGGAAAUGUAGUCUUUAUGUCAUGUGGUCGCAUCUGCCUUGCUGAUUGGCCACUGGAUUAUAGCUCUGAUAGACAGCUUUUAUUUCAAAAAAAUAUAUUGAACACAAAUUAAAACAUUGGACACAGUGUAACCGUCCUCUACAAAGUCAUAGCCAUACAUAUAAAGUUACGCAUUAUAACCACCAUGCUUAUUUACAUUUGGUCUAUUCG